AUGCCGAAGCAGUCAUCCUGUGGUACUUGCUCCAAACUAGUCGGAUACCGUGCAAAUGCCCUCACGUGUGCAUUUUGCCAAGUUAAAUACCAUAUUUCAUGUGUUGGAUUAUCAGUUGAGCAUUUUCAUCGCCUUCGCGAGAUCCAACACGAUUUCGUCCAAACUAUAUGUGAAAAUUGCCGAAAUCAGAUCCAGCCAGAAAGAGUAAAGCCGACGUGUAGUCCUCAGCGUUUCGUUGUGAACAGCUCCGUGUGUUUUGCCCAACAACCUAGCGCGAAGAGCCUUCAGGUUUCGGCUCAGUCGUCCUCCUCUACCCGUGCAAACUCACUGACACGAAGUCCAACCGUUGUGAGAAGCCCAGUUGCACCUGGGCUAAAUUGUUUACCUUUGUUGUGUCCACCCGACACUGAUGUCCCAGCAGGUGAAAGUCUGAGUGCUGAAGAUCAGUGGAAAGAUCAGAGGACGAAAUUACGAAGGAAUGUUGGGCGUUUACGUUCUGUAAGUCAACAGUUAGCCAAACCACUUGAGGUUGGUAGUAUACUUCGCCCUGCAAGGCCAACCUCGUCCGACCAGAGGCGUUAUAAUCUCGUGAUCUUUCACGCACCGGAGUCCAGUGAUCUAUCACCCCAAGUGCGCUACGAUCACGAUGUCGAGUUUUUACAGGGUCUAAUUGAUAGACUCUUCGACGCUGGUGAGGACUCGGUAAAAGUGAGGCAGAUUACCCGUCUUGGAAAGCAAGGUGAUCAACAAAAUCGGCCUAUGAGAAUCACUUUUGUGGACGAAGCCAGUCCAAGAAUUAUCAUGUCUCGCCUAAGUAGGCUGAAAGGUUUGAAGAUCCAUGUUCGUCCCGACCUGGACCCAGUAGACAGGGAGCGGCUCAAGUCUGCCAUCAUUGAGUUGAAAAGACGCACUGAGCAGCUCGCAUUAGCCGCGAAGACCGCCCCCAAGAGAAUCUUUGCAUACGUGAAGCGACGCCUGAAGCCGGCGGCUGAUGUGCCAGUGCUGGAUGGCACGGAUGGACAGCCCCUAACCUCCAGCACUGAGCGUGCGUCCGCGUUGGCGGCGCACUUCGCUUCUGUAUUUGCGAAUAACCAGGUGUCUGUUCCGAGUUCGACGUGUACCGCUUUUACCGAACUCGAUAGUCUGCAUUGUGGCGUCGAAGAGUUUGCUCAACUACUCGCCAACCUUGACGGCACCAAACCUGCAGGACCUGAUGGGCUUCACCCACUGGUUCUCAAGUCACUUCCGACCAUCCUCUCUCCUAUCGUGACUGACCUUUUCAACAGGUCGCUCUCCGAAGGUUUGUUGUCGGUUGACUGGAAAUGUGCGGUGGUGAAGCCUAUUCCGAAAGGCGGCGACCCUAGCAAAGUAGACAAUUACAGGCCAAUUUGUCUGACACCUAUAUUGGCAAAGGUUGCUGAGAAAAUCGUGAAGAAGAGAUUGCUGCAGUUGCUACAGUCAAACGAGGUCCUGACGCCCGCACAGCACGGUUUUAUGCAAGGUCGCUCAUGCAUUACUAACCUGCUUGUGACGAGGCCUGAGUGGUUGAAGGCAAUAAACAAGGGGAAGUCCGUCGACGUGAUAUUCAUCGAUUUCAGUAAAGCGUUCGACAAGGUCAGUCAUGAGGUUCUCCUUCACAAACUCAGCAUGUGUGGCGUCGGUGGCUCACUGCACCGGUGGAUCAGCGACUUUCUUGUUGGACGAAAGUGGAGGAUACAAGUCGACGACCAUCUAACUGACUGGUACCCCUCUACAAGUGGCGUGCCUCAAGGCACUGUGCUGGGGCCCACUUUGUUCCUGAUCCACAUCAACGAUCUACCGCAGCGUCUCCGGUCGCCGUGUGCCUUGUUUGCGGACGACAUGAAGAUUUGGAGAGAAAUCGACGCUCCCGACGACUGUGGCCUACUUCAGCAAGAUCUCAACCGCCUAUCUACAUGGUCUGCAGAAGUUCUUCUCCCGGUCAACCCAGCCAAGUCGGUAUUUAUGAGCCUGGGGAAGGGUGCAGACGGCCAACCUUGA